AUGGCAAAGCAACCUGCUUCAACAUCCACCCCUGUGUCACGAGAACGCGCGGAUUCCUUGCUAUCCCGGCAGUCUCCCAAUUCGCAAGGGCAACACGCACGUCAGGCUUCCUCCUAUGAUGGAAUUGGUGACGAUGGUCACGAGUACCGAAUGAGAUCAUCCUCAUCCGCAGCACACUACUACCGCACCUCAUUGUUCACCGACCGCUCAGAGGCACAAGGAGAGCUCAGGCGACUAAGUGCGAGCUUCAACUCCCCAACCCAGGUCGAGCUAGAGCGGCAAAAGGACCAUGAGAAGAGGGUGAAAGGUAUUGGGAGGCUCAAGGAUGCGGUCAAGGGGUGGGCCAGGAGGACACAAGUCUGCUGGCUUGACCCACAAGCCUCACUUUUCAUGUUCGCUUCCUCGUCAGCCAAUAACGCACUUGUCGUCAAAUCGUCGAACAGUCAAACAGCAGAUCUAUCCUCUGCACAGCUCCCCUCGGCUUCUCUUCACCACCCUUGCGAACCGAGUGUCACCAUGAAGCACUAUCCAGAAGUCAACGCCCAGGAGCGGAGUGAAGCCUCGUCGCGUCACGAUUCCGCGUCCUCCGUCGACAAGGGUCGUCCGCAACAGUCAAGCAAUACAAGCACACACGAGAAGGAUACCCAAUACACCUCGUUCCCACCUCUAUCCAACACGUCCCACCACCGCCAAUCUACAGACUCGACUUCAUCCAACGGAGACAUCCAAAGCAUACAAGCCAAGUACGCGCGGUAUACAGACGCACCGCCGCAGUACACUGAGCAGCAGUACCAAGGCAAAACCGAGGAUGAACAAAACCACAUGCGAAUGUCCGACUACUCCAAGGAGAUUUCGAGAAUCAUGAGCCGCCAGCUCAUGAAGGACAUGCAGAUUGCACAGCACAAGGCAGACGUAGCGUCAAAGUGA